UCAUGUUUGUUUUUCUUUUCAGAUUUCUGGUCAUUUGUUCACAUGUGUCCAAGAGGAGAUGAAGGCUAUUGGAUCUUGCAUAGGAUGGCUUUGGUUUGCAGUUCUCCUCCUUCCUAUGUCUCAUUCUACCAUAGUCACUGACAAGCCAGCUACUGAAUGUCCAAUAUUGAAAGCAGAAGGACAUCACUUCACCCAUCUAUGCAAAGAAAACUUAAGAGUUUCAGGUUUUGAUUUAGCAGAAAGCUUCUCUUUGAGGCAGACUUCAUGUGGAGUUGAAAAACCAUGUUUUAAACUGGGGAAUGCACCUCUUAUCAAAGAUUCUCAGCAAUUGUUUCCAAAUGGGUUCCCAGAGGAAUACUCCUUAACAGCCACAUUCCGUGUCAGAAGAAACAGCAAACGAGAACGCUGGUAUUUACUGCAGAUUUUAGAUCACCAUAAUUUGCCACAGGCUUACAUCUCAGUUGAUGGUUUAAAAAAAGCUAUAGAGUAUGUCAUUCAAUCCACCCAGCGGAACUCCCUGCACUAUGUCUUUAAAAGCCGCAAAAUUUAUCCUAUCUUUGACCGUCAAUGGCAUAAGCUUGGCAUCAGUGUAGAAUCAAGGAAGAUUUCUCUUUAUGUGGACUGCAGUUUAAUUGAACAAAGGAUGACUGAAGAAAAAGCUAGCCCUGACACUCAAGGAAAAAUUCUCAUUGCUACUCAUUAUUUAGACGGUAAACCUGUAGAUAUUGAACUUGGCCGCAUGAUCUUACACUGCGAUCCAAGCCUUGCUUCUCAGGAGAACUGUUGUGAAUUAUCUGAGCAUGUGCAUCCUUUGGAGAAAAGCUUGAAAACUACUGCAGCAUCACCAUCAAUUGGUCACAUUGGUAAAAUACAAGCUCUUCCAAUAAUGGAAAAAAAUCCUGAAGAAAAAUGUUUUUGCUCUCAGAACAAGGGUGAAGAAGGAGCUAAAGGGGAAAAUGGCAUUCCUGGUUUACCUGGAACAAAGGGAGAAGAUGGUCUAAUUGGUGUUCCUGGUGUUCCUGGUACUUCUGGUGAAAAGGGUGAACAUGGCUUGAAAGGGAACAAAGGUGAAAUGGGAGAAAAGGGUGAAAAAGGAGAAAAAGGAAUAGAUGGCAUAUCUGGAAGGGAUGGCUUAAAAGGUGAUGUUGGUGAUUGUGGAAUAACUGGUGCAAAGGGAGAAAAGGGUGAUGUGGGACCUCCAGGACCUGCUGCCCUUGCAAGUAUGCCAGGAAUAGAAGGUCCUCAAGGCCCACCUGGAAAAGAAGGUCAGCGGGGACGACGAGGCAAACCAGGACUCCCUGGAAAAGCAGGACCACCAGGGCCACCUAGUCUUCGAGAUGAAAAGGGAUUAAAAGGUGCAAAAGGAGAAAAAGGAGAAUCUUCUGAAAAAGGAGAAAAGGGGGAUUCAGGCGAAGUAGGAGAGCCUGGUCUUCCAGGGUCUAUUGGAAAUCCAGGACCUCCGGGAUUUCCAGGACCACCUGGCCCCAGAGGAUCUUCAGGAGAAAUGGGUUUACCAGGAGAACAUGGAAUACCUGGAAAACCAGGGAUUAAAGGAGAAAAGGGAGACUCUGGUGGAAUAAUAGGCCCACCUGGGCCUCCAGGUUCUAAAGGUGACACAGGACCUCCAGGAUUAAAUCUUCCAGGAAAACCGGGAUUAGCUGGCAUUCCUGGGCCAAUAGGUCCACGAGGGCCUAAGGGAGAAAGAGGGCUCCCUGGAGUGCAAGGUCCUCCAGGAGAGAUAGGGUCAGCAGGGAAUGGAACCCCAGGACUACCUGGUCUUAAAGGGCCUCCUGGGACACCAGGAUUCCAAGGACCAAGAGGGCCUCCUGGAUUACCUGGGACUCCUGGAACUCCUGGCCUUGAUGGUAUUCCAGGUCGAGAUGGAAAGCCAGGAAUCCCAGGCCCUCCAGGUGAUCCAGUUGCUCUUCCUCUCCUUGGUGAUAUAAGUACUUUAUUAAAGGGAGAUCCUGGUCCAAGAGGUCCCCCAGGAAUCCCAGGAAGAGAAGGGUCAAAGGGGAGCAAAGGUGAACGUGGAUUUCCUGGUCUUCUGGGAGAGAAAGGCGAUGAGGGCCUUCAAGGAAUUCCAGGGCUACCUGGUGUGGUAGGACCACCAGGAUCUUCUGGCGCCAUAGGAAGACCUGGACAUCCUGGUUCACCAGGAACAAAAGGCGAAAAGGGAAAUGAGGGUGCUCCUGGGAAGCCUGGACCACCUGGUAUGUCAUAUAGUGAAAGCAGUGGCAUGAGCAGCUUAUAUAAACUACAGGGAAGUUCUAGUUAUGCUGGUCCCCCUGGGCCUCCUGGCCCAAAGGGGGAGACUGGAGCCAUGGGUGAAGCAGGCCCAAUGGGACUACCAGGUUUAGAAGGACUACCAGGAGAAAAGGGUGAUCAGGGAUCAGUGGGACCUCCAGGAGUUCCAGGAAUACCUGGAAAGCAUGGCACUCCAGGGCCACCAGGAAUCCCUGGAGAACCUGGUGAAAGAGGCCCUGUUGGAGAUGUUGGCUUCCCAGGGCCAGAAGGGCCAUCAGGAAUACCUGGCUUAAGUGGGAAAGAUGGAUUGCCUGGUCCUCAGGGUUUAAUGGGUAAACCUGGUGAUAGAGGCCCCAAAGGAGAACGCGGUGAUCAAGGUAUACCGGGAGACAGGGGCCCACAAGGUGAAAGGGGGAAGCCUGGCUUACCAGGAGACCAAGGGCCCCUAGGACCUACUGGAUCUACAGGGCAAAAAGGCAAUUCAGGACCUCCAGGUCAAAAGGGCCCUCCAGGUGUCCCAGGAAUUCCAGGAAUACCGGCUGAUUCAAUUUCAUUUGAGGAAAUGAAAAAAUAUGUCAGACAGGAGGUUCUUAGAGUUUUUGAAGAGAGGAUGACUCAGUUUGUGUCUCAGCUGAAGUUGCCUGCUGCCAUGCUAGCUUCCCAAACUCAUGGGAAGCCAGGUCUUCCAGGAAAAGAUGGAUUACCUGGGCCACCUGGGGAACCUGGACCACCAGGCUACAGAGGACAAAAAGGUGAAAGAGGUGAGCCUGGAAUUGGCCUGCCAGGUGAUCCUGGCCCACCUGGUCCUACAGUUACUGGUAUGCAAGGCCCACGUGGAGCUCCAGGAGAACCAGGUGUGCAGGGACUACCUGGCUCUGCAGGAAGAUGCAAUCCAGAAGAUUGCUAUUACAAAGUUUCUCAAAGUCAAUCCUGAACAACUGGGAAAUGAACACCUAUUUUGGAUAUAUUUUAAUUUCUCAGUUAUCUUUUCCUCACUUCUUCCCCCGCCCCAUCCCCCUAAGUUUUAAAAUAUUGGUGAAUUUCUGUCUAUGUAUAUUUUACAGAGCAUCUCAGUGGAACCGUGUCCAGAUUAAGCCAAUACUGAGAUGUUGUUUUCUUGAGUUCAUUCCAUAUGUUUAUACUUUUACUGUAUUUUUCUUUAGCAAAAUGUGCAUCAUGAUGGCCUGUUGACCUCUUAAUGGUUUUUUCAGUUUAUGAGGGGUUUUUUUAAUGAGUUUCUUUCUUUUACCUUUAACACAGAAGCCAUAUUUAGUUUUCUUUUGCUGAAUGUCUCCUUGCAGUUCCAUCUAUUCAAUGACAAAUAUGGUUUAUAAUACGGUGGAAUUUUGAAGUUUUUCUAAAGGUUUGGUUUAAAAAUCUAAGUAGUGACUGGCAUUUUCCUUGCUCCUGUCACCAUAAUGCAAUAUGGUAAGAUCUGCAAGGCUUUUUUGAAUUGUGUCUACAUUUCUGAAUGAUCUAAAAGACUUUUGAGUAAGAUUACCAUAUUCAGGCUGCAAAUUUGGAACAACUACAAGGCAGUACCAAAGUGAUACAGAAAACUCUAAGUCUAGCAAUGCUCUAGUCUAGGUAUUGCUGAUAAGAUCUAGGGUUCUUAACUUCUCUCCCCCAUUAGUUGUUAUUCAGGGGAAAAUGUAAAUGCAGACAGCACAUAGGUACACUAUGGCUUAAGUUAUAAACUCACAUUAUAGAAGUGAGUUGUAAGCGUGUUUUUUUUAGAUUUUCCUCCCUAUAAGGAACUGCUUGUAGGAUUUUCCUUGCAUAUGUAAAAAAGAGUCUGAUUAUUAGAAGCUAGUUUAGUUUUCAGCGGGAUUGUUGGUAAUAACUUGUCCUAGUUAAAAUAUACAUUGGCAAGUCAGCUGUGCUACAGGAUGAUUAUAACAAUUAUAAUACUGUGCAAAUUCAAACUCAGUAUCUAUAGUCUGUAGUCCUGUCAUCCCAAUUUAGGGUGGGGUAGACUAGACCAAGAACUCAGUGUCACAAGAAGACUGGAAGUAAUCUCACUUUGUUUUUUAUAUAACUUUAUUAAAAAAAUUAAAAGGAAUUUUAAAAAAUGGAAGCAGUUUUUGUUGAAGUUAGUUACAGCAACAGAAUCUUUGGGUCUGGUUCAGCUCUAUCUUCCCUUCCCCCCACCCCCACCAGAUCAGGGAAGUGUCUGCUUAAUCCACUGUUAAAUAUCUUGUUUUCCAGAACUUUUAAAAAAAAUGUUUCAGCCCCCUUUCCUUAACUUAUGGUUUUUGCAUAUUUCUACCAAGGUCAUUUUUCUUAUUAUCCUCAAAUUCUUCAUCAGGAUGUUUCAUUGCCUCCAGCCAACAUGCAAGUGUCCUGCUUUUGUAUUUUUCAGUAAUCUACACGUAGAGAACAAAAGAUUAUAGAAGAUUGUACAAAUGUAAUGAAUUUUCAAGGUUUAUUGUAAGACAAUCAGGCCUUUAGCUUGGGUAAAAUUCUGACAGACUCAACAGAGAAUUUCUGCAAGUAGCCGUAGUUUGGAAAGAAGUAUCUAUCAUUUUACAUCUUGAUCAGCGAUAUUUGUUGGACUCCUUGUUUUUAUUGGACAGGGAGGGAGAAGAGCAGUCGAACAUCAGCAAUCUCACUGAGUUUAUAUAUAUUGACAUAAGAUAGGUUAGUUGGCAGUACACACAACCUUUAUCUGAAAAAUUCAAGGAUUGAAGCAGAUUCCCAUUUCAUUUAUCUUGAGGAAAAAAUGAUUGUAUAAAGUGAAAUAAAACUGUUUGGCAGAGAUGUAUAGUAGCAUUAGAUAAUGAAUAGCAUUGGCAUCUAGGACUAAUGAAAAUAACAACUGUCCCCUGGCUUAAUUCCUAUUUUAACAAAUUAACUGGACUUUUUAGGUCUUUCACAAAUAGAUUUAUCUAUAUGAAAGCUAUUUUUUUGAAAAAAGGAAGGUGCCUAAGUAGAAAUAGUAAGGAUUAGUUGAAGUUUAGUUCCUUGUUGGUGGGAAAUCUUUUAUAUCUCAUGUAAACAUUUAUAGUAGCUGAGAACCAUACUGGGCAAUUUGUUGGCAGCUGCGAGCAAAUAGAGUGGAUAGUAGAGUGGAUAGUGAAAUAAUUUGUUCUAAAUUUGUUCUGAAGUUGUAUCAUUGUCCUGUUUUGAUGAAGCAAAAGGACAUCUAUGUUUCAGUAUUGCAAGAUGGACUGCUGGAUAGCUAUAAUGUCUGGUAGGAUUUUGUUUUGAGAUGUUAAUCUUGUUUUAUUUAAACUUUUCUAGUGAUUCCCAAUUUAAUUCAGAUUUUCAAUUUUUUUAAAUUUAAAAUUUAUUUUAUUUAGACUUUCCUAUGAGAAUAACUAUAACUGCUAUAUUUUGGCAAGAUUCUGUAAAAUGUCACAUUUUGGAAAUAUAUAGAGUAGCCGAGAUUAUAUAUAAUAUGAUGCUUUGUGUAUAUUUUGACUUUUCACUGAGUGAAAUAUAAAUGAUAAAUUAUUUAGCAUUUUACAUAAAAGUAAAAGUAUAAUACUUGAAUUGAUCAGAAAAACAAAACAUCUAUGUAUUUUGGGAAAAAUAUGUUCAAUUCAUAUUGCUUUUAUUUUUAUUUGCCUGUGUUUGAUAAUUAUAUUUAUUAGAAAAAUCAUUUUUUCAGGGUUUUAUUAGGUGAUUGAGAUAAAUGUAAGUUUUUUACUCUUAGUUGCCUUCCUGAGAAAUUUUGGCAAUAUGACUUUCCAUCAUCAGCUCUUAAAGAUAUUAUGUAGCUAUGUGCAAGACACAGGCCAAACUCAAAAAUUGCUUAAAAACGUUCAUAAAUUGAAGCACACAAAAAUUUAUAUUCUUAUCCUUAAAAUCUACAUUUGUGGGUGUAUAUAUGUCAAAUUUUAGUUCAUUUUAACAUUUUGAAGAGUGUAUUGCUCUUUAAAUAAUCUGCUUUCUUUUUCUAGUGCCUUCACAUGGUUUUUAAAUAGUAAAGUUUAUUCUAAUAUUUUGUUAAAAUAAUUUAGGUAUUAGUCUGAGCAGCCUAUUUUGAGGCAUGCAUAUUUUUAUUCUUUGUGUGCAACACAACAGCCAGCUCUAAUAACUACAUUUUAAGUAAAAUAUUUUCUUUCUCUACCAAUAGAGUCAAUCAUUUCUGAAAUGUUAAGAGGUACUGAAACCAUAAACUGAAAUAUAGAGGAUGUAUUCAGAUACAAAUCAAACCCCUGUGGAGACAAAAAAAAAGUAUAUUUUCGUAUUUAUGCACCCUUUUAAACAGGCUGCAAGAACCAUUGGAAACCUAGUGGAUGUUUUUAGACCUAAGGCCUGUGAAUAAGACUAAGUGACUGAAUGAUAUAGGUCUUACAUUGGAGCAUCCACAGUUAAUUUAUUUCUGCAGAUAGAAUCCAAGCACACAGCCACUUAGUAAAUUGUAAGCAUGGAAAUUGGGACAUUCAAUUUAAGAAUGGACUCCAGCAAAACUACACUCAAUUUAGGAAUCUGUUUUCAGAUUCAUUCUCUCUCUCUCUCUCUCUCUCUCUCUCUCUCUCCCUCCCUCCCUCCCUCCCCCCCACAUUUCCAGAAAAGAAAGGAUUACUAUUACACUGGUACACAUGAAUAAUGAGGGCAAACUUUAUUGAAAAUGCCUCUGUUUACCCUAUGGUAUCUUGCACUGAUAUCUCUUGGGAUACACAAAGCUGCUUUUCUUCUCUGUCCCCCAACACUUUUUCUGUCUUUUAGCCAAUUACUAAAAUUUUGUAGCAUGGAGCACUCUUUCUUUUUAACUUAUGAGUAUGAUUUAAUAAAGUUUGAAUUAUAUAAAUACAUAUAUAAUAGGAAACUGUGCACUAAAUAAUAAACUUUUUAAGUUUCCUUUUUUUGUCUUUACAAGAUAAUAAUUUAUCGUUGUUUUUCUUUUCUUUUUUUGGUCUUAGAAUUAAUGUAUAAAUAAGGGAACAAUUCAGGCAGGGUUAUAUUUGUUUUUUUCUUUAAGUCUCAUUGUUUUCAGCAGGAGAUAAUUUAAGCAGAUGCUUAUAUCUCCCCUUUGAAUCAAAGGGAUUUGAUAAUGCUUAUCUUUGACUGGAUAAUCCUCAUUCUGUAUUUUUCCCCCUCCAGAAUAGUUUGAAUAUAAUCACCAUUUAUUUAACAUAGAUUGUAUAUAAUAGGGUAACAAAGCCUUGGGCACAAUCUUGCCCCUUUCACAUUUGCGAAUCCUUACUGGGUUUCUGUGGAUCCCCAUUUUGUUCCACAUUUCUUUAUGGGAGCAGUAUGUAACUUUACAUAAAUGAAAAUGCUUUGGUACCGAUGUGGAAGCAUUAUACUAUCUAUCUCAGAUGUUAAAUUUUAAUAUCAAUAUUUUUAUAUUGGUUUUAGCUAAUAUAAACCUGGAUGUUAGCUAAUAUAAACCUGGAUGUUGACUUUUCUUGUUUUUAAUUUAGCUUACACUUUAUUACCCCAUAGGGGAUGCGGUGGCUCAGUGGCUAAGAUGCUGAGCUUGUCGAUCGAAAGGUCGGCAGUUCAGCGGUUAUAAACCCUAGUGCCGCGUAAUGGGGUGAGCUCCCAUUACUUGUCCCAGCUUCUGCCAACCUAGCAGUUCGAAAGCACAUAAAAAAUGCAAGUAGAAAAAUAGGGACCACCUUUGGUGUUCCAUGCACCUUUGGCAUUGAGUAAUGCCGGCCACAGGACCGCUCUUUGGAUAGAGCUGGCUCUUUGGCUUUGAAAUGGAGAUGAGCACUGCUCCCUAGAGUCGGGAAGCACAUAUGUGCGAGGGGAACCUUUACCUUAUUACCCCAUGCAAAUGUGUUUGAUAUAAAUACAUAGCACAGGUUUUUCAUACCUCUGAUAACCAUUAAGAAAACACAGGUCAUUAUGAUGAUGGUUGUAAGCUUUCAACUGCAAAUGUUUUUGAGUGAAUUUUAAACCUAUAAGGAAAGAUGGUAAAUAAAAUAGACCAAAUGGAUGUACAAACUUUACAGGAACCAAAAUGAGUGUCACAGUCUAACAAUUAAAGAUGCUUAGUUCUCUAAUCUUUUGAGUUUAAGCAGGCUUACUUUACUGUUAGAUUAUGAUCUCGGUUCGUUGUUGCUGUUUUCUUUUAUAAAAUACAGAUGCUUUUAAAUUAUUUUCUGAACUUUUCUAUGUAAAUAUUGAUUUAUCUCAUGUGCUCACAGCAAUUGAUGGAGGUAUAUUUUAUUGUUGCCUUUUCAUUACUGAAUAAUAUUGCCUUAUUAUUGUCCUUACAUCUCUAUUUUUGUUUUCUUCAAAUCCACAAGUGAGAACUUCACUUGUUUGCAUAUGGUAUUUAUCUGCUUUGGUCUUAAAUUAAUUUUGAAUGGCAUUGAAUUGAACCUGAUAGAUUUUUUUGUGUGUAUGUGUGCAUUUAUAAUAGUGAACUUGUGGUUAUUAAUUUAUUUUUUAAAUCACGUUUAAUUUUAGUUGGUUCAGAAUUUUAUAAAAUUCAAUUUCAAAGUUUUGACAGAAUUUG